CAUGAUUAACAUAAGAAAAAGCAGCAUUUAUUUGUGCACAUUAUCCAGCUUUACGUAAAAAAAAGAGAAUGUUUACAACAAUUUUUCGAUCCCACUUAAAGACUUGUUGCGCCAGGAAGAUUCAUAUCUACAAGAAUCUAGCAUGCACAAGCCAAACUCGUACGCUCUUUACUUGCGAAGUGCACUGGAAAAGACGUAAGACGGCUGAGGAAAAGAAAUCUCCGCGACUGAUAGAAUAUUCUCCAAAAAAGAAAAAUACUAUAAACUUGGACGGUGGCUUAGUGGAUGUUUGGCGUCAUAUGACCGUGCAAGAUUUAUCGACUUCAGCAAAACGUUCCUUAGAUGAUGUUCAAGAAGCCAUGUUGUUUGUCAAGGGUAUCGAAAAUUUGGAAUCCACUGCUCAAUUAGAUGAUUUGAAAAUUAUACAGGAAAUUGUUAAAAGGCUAGGUGCUCGAAUACGCGUAGUUGCCGCCCCUUCGGAUAGUGCAAAUGAAGAUGAAAGUGUUGAUCGCGAUGUGACACUGAGGCCGCCAGCACCUCCUGACGUUUUAAAACCGCGAGCACCUGUAGUAACGGUAAUGGGCCAUGUUGAUCAUGGUAAAACAACUUUAUUGGAUUCUUUAAGAGGUGCCAAUGUAGCUUCGGGUGAGGCUGGUGGCAUAACGCAACAUAUUGGAGCUUUUAUGGUCGAUUUGGAAAGCGGAGAAAAGGUGACUUUUCUAGAUACACCCGGACACGCAGCAUUCAGCUCCAUGAGGGCACGCGGAGCGGUAGCGACGGACAUAAUAGUUUUAGUAAUAGCAGCCGAAGACGGUGUGAUGGCUCAAACUAAGGAAGUAAUAAGUUUGGCCAAAGAUGUUAACGUUCCUAUUGUCGCUAUUAAUAAGAUUGAUAAGCCCGAAGCGAAUAUUGAAAGGACGAAACAAGAAUUAAUGCAAAUGGGUUUGGAAUUGGAAGAUCAUGGCGGGGAUGUGCAAGUGGUUCCUAUAUCGGCUCUUAAAGGCACUAAUCUUCCAUUGCUGGCCGAGGCUGUUAGCACUCAGGCAACUUUGAUGGGCUUAAAAGCCGAUUAUACUGGUUUAGUGGAAGGAGUGGUGGUGGAGUCAAAAACUGACCCACGAAGAGGCAAGCUAUCAACGGCCAUAGUAAAACGGGGUACUCUACGUAAAGGAGCAGUGCUGGUGAGUGGUCUUGCUCAUGCGAGAGUGCGUGGUCUAUUCGACCAUAACGGGAAGCCCUUGGAUCAAGCGGAACCUGGUACACCCGUAGAAAUUCUCGGCUGGCGCGAAUUACCCUUAGCUGGCGAUUUAAUUAUAGAAGUUGAAUCCGAAAAAAAGGCCAACUCGGUUUUACGCUGGCGUCAGCAAGAAGCGCAAAAAGAGAAAGCUGAGCUUUCUCUUGAGGAGAUACGUAAGAAGGAGGAAGAACAUUUGGCUAAAUACCGAGCUGAACGUGAUGCUCGCCGUUUGGCGGGUUGGUUUCGAAAGCGCUCUGGUAUCCGUUCUAAAGAAAUCAUAGAAAACGACAAUGGUACUGCUCGCGUUAGCAUUAUAAUCAAAGGCGACGUUCACGGCUCAGUAGAAGCGAUUCUCGAUGUUCUCGAGACUUAUACCGGCAAUGAUAAGUGCCGUUUGGACGUAGUUCACUAUGGUGUAGGUAACGUUUCGGAAACUGAUGUCGAAUUGGCAAAGGCAUUUAAUGCCAUUAUCUAUGCCUUUGCCGUAGAACCUCCACCUAAAGCGCCUGCCGGCGUUUCCAUACGUUGUUGUAAUAUUAUCUACAGACUGAUAGAUGAUCUAAAGGAAGAGAUCAGUGCAAAAUUGCCGCCACUUGAGGUUGAGGAAAUAGUGGGCGAAGCGAAUGUUUUACAACAGUUUUUCAUAACAGAAGGACGCAAAGAAAUUCCAGUGGCCGGUUGCCGCUGCACAAAAGGCAUUUUAAAGAAAUCGCAAAAAUUCCGUUUAUUACGCGACAACGAAGUGCUAUAUGAUGGUUCCCUGGAAUCGAUGAGGCACUUAAAGAAUGAAGUAGAUACCAUAAAAAAAGAUGUGGAGUGUGGUUUACGUCUGAAGGAUACAAAAAUUGUACCUCAAGCCAGUGACGUCAUUAUUUGUUACACAACACGUACCGAAACACAAAAGACUGAUUGGGAUCCGGGCUUUUAA